AAAAUAAAAUAAAAAAUGGUAAGACAAAAGGAAGAAAUAUCUAAGAAGAUUAUUCAAAUCUUCAACUCCGCGAGGAUUGCAGUGAGCUAGUGCAGCCAAAGCAGAAGCAGAAGCAAUUAUAGAAAGUGGAAGGAAAUGCCUCAAACAAUGAUGAUUUUCCUCAAACCAUUCAUUUCAGCUCCCUCUUCUUCCCUCUGGAGUAAAUCAAAUAGUGGUGGGAAUUUAUUGGAUACAAAUGUUAAAAUAUGUAAAAGAGCAGAAGUGGUGUGUCAAGGCAUGCUGGCGCCGAGAAAAUUCAUGCAGAAGAGGAAGAAAGUAGAGGUUUUCAAGAGCGCCGAGGAUGAAGCAGAUCAGAAGAACUGGAGAAAGAUGAUGAAUGAAAUUGAAGAAACUGGUUCUGCUGUUUCGGUGCUGAGAAGCCAGAGGUCCAAGAACCAGUCUCUUUCCAAGGACCUUGUUCUUGGUAGCUUGGUUCGAUUUAAGCAGCUUAAGAAGUGGAACCUUGUUAGUGAGAUUCUUGAAUGGCUUCAAACUCAGCAUUGGUGGGAUUUUAAUGAAAUGGACUUUCUGAUGCUUAUUACGGCCUACGGGAAGCAAGGGGAAUUCAGUAAGGCUGAAAGCAUUUUAGGCUACAUGAAUAAGAAGGGCUAUCCCCCAAAUGUGAUAUCUCACACUGCUCUGAUGGAGGCAUAUGGAAAAGGAGGUCAGUACAGUAAGGCAGAAGCGAUAUUUCGGAGAAUGCAAACUUCAGGCCCUGAACCUUCUGCUAUUACAUACCAAAUCAUUCUCAAAAUCUUUGUUGAGGGUGACAAAUUUAAUGAAGCUCAAGAAGUCUUUGAAGCUCUUAUGGAUAUGGAUGCACCUCCGCUGAAGCCAGACCAGAAAAUGUUCCACAUGAUGAUCUAUAUGUAUAAGAAGUCUGGAAAGUAUGAGAAAGCUCGUCAGCUGUUUUCUUUGAUGACCGAGCGAGGAAUUCCACAAAAUACGGUUACUUACAACAGUUUGAUGUCGUUUGAGACGAACUACAAGGAGGUCGCGAACAUUUAUGAUCAGAUGCAAAGAGCUGGUCUUCGACCUGAUGUCGUUAGCUACGCCCUGCUCAUUAGUGCAUAUGGAAAGGCUAGAAGAGAAGAGGAGGCACUCGCUGUUUUUGAGGAAAUGCUUGAUGCUGGUGUCAGGCCAACACAGAAAUCUUACAACAUCUUGCUAGAUGCAUUUGCAAUCUCAGGAAUGGUGGAACAAGCCCGAACUGUCUUCAAAAGCAUGCGAAGAGACAGAUGUAGCCCCGACCUUUGCUCAUACACAACAAUGCUGUCAGCUUAUAUUAAUGCACCGGAUAUGGAGGGUGCUGAGAAAUUUUUCAGAAGAAUAAAGCAGGAUGGAUUGGAGCCCAAUGUUGUCACAUACGGCACACUGAUUAAGGGAUAUGCAAAAAUAAAUGACCUCGAAAAGAUGAUGGAGAAAUAUGAGCAAAUGCGGGUCCAUGGUAUCAAGGCUAACCAAACUAUCUUCACUACAAUCAUGGACGCGUAUGGUAGGAAUAAGGAUUUUGGCAGUGCCGUUGCUUGGUUCAAUGAGAUGGUAUCUUCCGGGGUAUCUCCUGAUCAAAAAGCAAAGAACAUUCUCUUGUCCUUGGCAAAAACUUCGGAAGAACAGAUGGAAGCUAAGCAGCUUACAGGAUGCACCAACGAGCUGAUAGUUGACAGAAUUCCCAAUUACAUCAAUAAUAAUGAUGAAGACGACUAUGACGAUGAUGAUGAUGGUAGUAGUGAUGACGAAGAUGACUAUGACGAUGAUGAUGGUAGUGGUGAUAAUGAAGACUAUGAUGAUGACAAUAAUGCAAAUUUGAGCAUUUUGUCAGGAGAAAAAUUGGAUCAACUAACAGUUAGUGGUAGUGCAUCUCAGACGUAAGAAAGUAAUGCAAAAUGAGCCUAGAAAAUUUUGUAAAUCUCGGUAGUCUUCCUAGUUUAUAUUACACUUCUUCUCCUCCAUUUUGUAUCUUAAAGCAAAUAUGAGACUCCAGGAAAAUGAAAUUUCAACUUUGAAAAGCAAGCAAUUUCUUCCCAUCUGUUCAAGCUUUUGUGGAUCAAGUUACCUGGUACCUAUUGCUGGUGGGAAGUAACAGAUAUCACGUGGAAUAAGUCGAGAUGCGCGCAAGCUGGUCCGGACACCACAGUUAUAAAAAAAGAAGAGCAAGCAAUGUCCAGCCAAAGGUUGUCGACAUCGGUGAUGUGUGUUCAUGUUCUUCAUAUCAACCACAGGUGGGGUUUGAGGAGGGUCGUGUGUACACAGUCUUACUUCUAUCUUGUGUGUUCAUGUUCAUGAUAUCAGCAAACACUUAGUAUAAUCACACAACUGGAGUCUGGGGAGAGUAGUGUGUACGCGGCGUUACCCCUAGCUUGCGAAAGUAGGCAUGUUCUUGAUAUCAUGUAUCUUUAUUCUAGUGGUUUGGCUGUUCACAUUUCUCCAAUUCUAUGUCAUGGUGCAGUAACCAUCCUUUCAACUUUAGUCAGUUUUGAAGUUUGAAAAUUGAACUUUUACUGUGUCACAUUUA